AUUUCGGGGAGUAUUCAAUGUUCGAACGUCAUACGAGGAAGUUCGCUUGAUGCCAAAGCAAAGAUAAUCCAGUCAACAUUUAAUUCAAGUAUUUAAAACGGUGAGUAGCUUUACAAACCUACGGCUUUCUUAAGUAUAUGUGAAAUAUUUUUUUAUACCAUGACUAUGUCCAUGUUUAGCCGGAUAGUCUGUUUAAGUGUGAUUUACCGAAGUUCGCGUUUAAUUUAAUUUAAUUAAACCUACAUCACAACGGCGCCAGUUGGAAUGAUAUUGAUCUCCCGUUGAACCUAAUCAUUAUAUGACUCUCUUAAAAUAACAACAGAACUCUAAUUAUUUGUGAUUUAUUUUAACUUUUCUAAAAGAAAUUGGAAUAUUUUUUUAAUAAUUAGAACUUUCGAUGGUUUUUGACGACUAGCUGGAACAUUGAUUUGGGCCUUUGGUGAGGCGAGAGAUGCCAUUUAGUCACACCAUACUAUUCAACACAAACAUUGUGUUUGGCGUGGGUUAUUUCAAACCUCGCAUGCUUUCUCACGAAAUCUCGCUUGAAUAUCGAUUAUCAUUCUAACAACUUUUUGUCGUUUUUCAAAACAGAGUUUCGCCAUGGAUAUGUGACAAACCUACGACAUCGGUGCCUUAGAAUAGAACUGCCGGUAUAGAUCUAGAAUUUCCACGACAGAAGAUGGCAUGCGUUCCUUCUGGUGGUAAGAGAGUUUAAUUAAUCUUUUUUUAUAUGAUUAAAUUUCGCCUAGAAACGAUUGAAACUUCAUCUGCUAUCAAAUCAUGCUAUAGCAUGCUAAUAGUUUCUCUUUCGAUUUCAAACCGUAUAUCUAAACAUGCCAACACAGGUUGACCGUUGUUUUUUUCUCUUUAAUAAACAGUUCAAUACGACGUCGUUUCAAAUGGAGUGGAUUCGCUAUUUCAAACAUUUCGCGAGGAAACAAACGAAAUUCCCGAUGGUGAGUACGAGAUAUUUUAGCUUUUUAUCGAAAUUCGUUCUUUCACUUUCGACACAAUUACAUGUACAUAUUUUACCUUUACUAUUAAAAUGACGUAAUGUUUAUCGCGUGAUGUUUUCAUCAGCGGAAUUUACAAUUAACGCCCCCUUGUUGGCAGAUCUUCCCACGCAGGAAUGCUUGCCGACACAGGAAUGUGGGCGAACCUGUUCUGUCUAACCUGUUUGAGCAGAUCUUGAAAUUUGGUGCAGCUUUCCUAUUGACCAAUAUGCUUAUCAAUAUAUUAAAAUGCAUUUUACUAAAAUCUUGGACUUGCUGAUUUCUCGUCAGGUUUUGAUGCAAUAUACAGCAGAGCUCCGCUAACUAAAACUCGCUUAACUCAAUUCAAACUCCCCGCUAUAACACGAAAUAAAUCCAAUUUCCGUUGGAUUUCAUCCAAUUUUUACAGUAAUUUACUUAAUUAACUCGACCUAUUCACUAACUCGAACAAAUUUCAUUUUGACCCUAACCUUGGUCAAAUUUACCAGGUUAACUCGAACUUUUUUUGAGACGAGGAGCGGUAAACCUUAAAAUGUCAGAACAUAGCACAUUGAUAAGUCGGAAACUUGGAUUUCUAUUCAUACAAACGUAAUACAAGUCGAUAAAGAGAUAAAAGGUUCAACAAGUUGCAUCGAUCAUUACCGAUCUAGCUUAUAGGUACUGUUGAUAAGUACUUAGGGUUUGGGUUUGUUAAACUUUAUUGAGUACAAAUUCAUUCAAAAUAUAUAUACAACUAUUCAUCUAAACAUUCAAUUAAACAAAAAAAGUGCUGUACUCAAACGGGCAAGUCACGAACUGGACGUAAUGUCCAUUGCAUGGUGCCCAUCCUCUGGCUAACAUAUACCUUUUAUAAUUAAAGUCACGUAGUAGUAUAAGGUGUCCCAAAAACCCAAAACCACUGAAACAACGUACCGUUAGAAUCCGAACGCCCCAGCGCUAAGCUGAACGCAAAGAUGCGUAAAUUUGAUUUACAGGGUGCAUAUAUUAUAAAUAUUGACUUAUUAAUUAAGAAAUUAAAAUAUUUUUGUAAGGCGCACAAUUUGUUGCUCUUGGGAAUUUAAAGCAGCUUCGUAAACAGUUUCUUUAUGCAUAAAAUUUACUUACUAUUACUUAUUUAUUACUUAUUAUUAUUUAUUUAUUUAUUUACUUAAAUGUACGUUUCUGUUAAACACUGUGAUAGGAACUAUAUUUCACUUUGGCGGAGUUCUAUACUGUAGUACAAAAUUCAGUAUGACAGUAUUCAAUAUGACAAUAUUCAAACUUGAACAUGACCGGGCCGUAUAUACAGCUAAUUCAAAAAAGGUUGUCCUUAGAAAAGUCUCAAACCUUAAACUCUAAGCGCGCAAAGAGUGAUGGCUAACUUCUUUUUAGGGCUUUGGAUUUGGCAAAUAAUCCUAGUACACUGCUAGUUGUACAUCUUAAGUGCUUCUUGUCUGUCUUGCCAUAGUUACAAUGCAAAAUUCGCACGUUUUUAGGCCUAAAGUAAGAAAUUACCCAUCACACCUUGCGCGCUUCUUAGAGUUUAAGGUUUAAGAUUUUUGAAGGACAACCUGUUUUGAUACAGCUGUAUUCAAAAUUCAGCACAAGUUAAAAUGGAACUCCUGUUAUUCUACAACUAAAUAGUUGGAUAAUUAUUAAACUAGUUUCAUUGUUUGGCAAAUUUGAGCAGAUGAUUGAUUACAGGGUUUCCUAUAUAUUACAGAUCCUAAAGACUGGACAUCUCAGGACGUCCGUCAAUGGCUAAGAUGGGCUGAAGACAAGUUCAACCUUGGCAUUCAAGACUCAAGCGUCUUGGACCAAUACGAUGGGAAAGCGUUAUGCAGACUUACAAAGCACAAUCUGUGCUUUAAUACUUCUAUAGCGAUCGGAGAAAUCCUAUGGGAAUCACUACAGAGAAUUUUCCGUGGUGAGUUAUAAUCUUAAAAAUUAAAAUACAUACUAUAUAAGAUCAUCGUUUAUACAGAUUAUGGAUUAUUAAAUAAAUCUGAGUAAAACAGAUAUAAUAGAUAGACUAUUUCAUACAUAGAUUAUUUCACUAGCUUUAAGUUAUAUUAUGUUAAUCGUGUAUUGUAAAUUUACACUUAUUUGAUGCCUUCUGCUAGAGAAUUAUUAAUAAUUUACACCAAUACCAAGUACCAUCCAAAACUUUUCCUUAAAUUUGAUAUUUGGUUUUAGAUUAUAAUAAAAAGGGAAAAUACCCAUAUUUGUCAAGCCUUACUGACAAGGCACUUCCUAAAGAAAGUGCAGCUUCAUGGAAGGGCUUAUAUACGGAGGGGGCUUACAUUGGGAGGUUUAUGCAAAAAUUGGAAAUCGCAAGGGUGGGAGGGGCUUAACGUGUGUACACCUUUGAAUAUCGAAGUUUGUAGCGAUCGCAGUUUGGAUGUUGGAAUGCACAUUACCGCACAAAACUCUAUUGUAAAACCUAUAAUAUAUUGUUACUUCUGUUGUCUCCAAAUUUCAGAUUUGGAUAAUUCAUCAGUCCACUCACCUCAGCCACAGUUACCUGGCCCAGAUUCCUCUCCUGUUAAAUCACCAUCAGGUCGCUCCCCAUCUGGUUAUAAACGAGGACCAAAGCCUAUAGAAAGAUACUCAGGUAAAUAUAUAAACUACUUACUACUGUAAAUCAAUUAGGGACUUUACACAUGGCUUGUGGGAAGAGUGUAAGGAUCCAGGGAUCCCUGCAAAUUUUUCCUUGAAUAUUUCCAACAUUGAAUAUUUCCAACUUGAAUAUUUCCAACUUGAAUUGAAUAUUUCCAACUUGAAUAUUUCCAACUUGAAUAUUUUUCCCAUCAGUGCCAGUGGUCAUAUGCCCCGAUGUUAUAUGUGCAGAUAAAUUAAUUGAAACUUCGUAAGCACUGCAUAGAAUGAAUAAAUUUGAUUUGAUUAAAUCUGUAAAAAUUAAUUUGGUGUUUUUAUGUUAAAGGCAAAGGACCAAUUCGGCUUUGGCAAUUUAUAUUAGAAUUGCUUCUUGAUGAGGAGCAAACUGAUGUUGAAUGGACUGGUCAAGACCAAUUUGAAUUCAGGCUACGCGGAAAAGAAAAUGUCGCCAAGUUAUGGGGGGAAUGCAAAAAUAAGCCAAAUAUGAACUACGAGAAGUUGAGUCGUGGUCUGCGCUUCUACUACGGCAAAAAUAUCAUUUGUAAGGUCCACGGGAAGCAAUAUGUUUACCGCUUCUUGUGUGAUAUUGAAGGAAUCCUUGGUUAUGACCCAACCUUGUGUAUUGGAGAAAAUGAGGAUAAACCUGUUAUCAAAGAGGAGAAAGAGAACCCAGUUCGAUCAUCAGCUUGUCGGGAACCAAAUUCCGAACCCGAACCCAACAUUCUUCCCAGCCCAUUGGAUUCCAUUAUCUCCCAAUCCAGGAGUAUCUAUUCCACCGACUCCUUUUUUGGUGAUAAUCUUGAGACCAUUGGUUUGAAAGAUUUCUUCUUUGAUGGUAUGGUUCCUGAUCCCAUUAUUGUCCCAGACAAUGAUGAUGCGUUCGACAGUUACAACAUGUUCUAAAGAUGUGUUUUAUUGUUUGUUAGAACCUGAUGGUAGUAACCAUCCAAUGUUGUUACCACUUUCGUGGUGGUAACUUUUAGUAGCUUGUAUCAAGCGUUCUUAUUUUAAAUAUUCUGUGAAUAUGCAUGCUUUCUUAUGUCGAAUAUUUCGACGAAAUGUUGCGAGCUUUAGGGCCCUUGGCCUAAAGAUGUAUAUUAUUGCUUUUAUUGAAGAAUUAUCACAAUAUUUUUGUGGUAAUUGAUUAAUUUAAUCACGCGUGUGACUCAUUGAUUACAUGUUAAGAGAAUUUCUAAUCGAUCUUUUGAAUGAUAUUGUUUACUGUGUAAUGCUGUUCUUCUGCUCAUAUAUUAUAAAAGAAAUAGAAAACAUCACUUCGUGUGCGUUUAUGGUGUGAUAAUGCACAAGGAAAAUGGUGGGGAAAUACGCCAAAAGCGUGUAAACACGAGGCGCAGCCGAGUGUUUUACACACUUCUCGAGUAUUCUUCCAACAUUCCGCGACUUGCAUUGUAAUAACGUGAGUUCUGAUAUAUAAACAGAAUAUCAAAUAUUAAAACGAACCUUCAAAAUGAACCUUUGCAAAGCAAAUACCAAAAUCAUUUUUUAUCCUCCAAAAACAUGUGCAUUCUUAACAUAUGUAUAAUAUUUCAAUGGGAAUAGGGGCCAAAAUAAUUAUAUUUUGGUUGAAUUGUUGUAUUCAAAAAUGUAUUCCAAUUCUAUAAUUUGACUUGCAAACUUUUUGGGAAGAUAUAAUUUAGCUAUUAAAAACUGAGGACUUUGAUGCUGUAGAAAAGAUGCUUCAAUUAACAAUUAUGAUAAGAGACAAUUUGUAGACUAAUUAGUUUUACAGACUAUACUAAAGUACGUGGCAGUAGAUAUUAUAUAAAGUGUUGAGGAGGUAUUAUCUUCUCACUUGUCUGUAUAAGUUUUAUAUUCUUAUAUUAAUAUUUUACAUCCUAAAAAUGGCUUACCUCAAAUAUCAAUACUCGCGAUAGUGUUCAGUUUGUCACAAUUUAACCUAUUUAUAACGCAAAUAUACACACUACAUCACACGCCUUGCCACUCUUCAAAAAUACGAACGACCCACCGAUUUUUGUACAUCGACAUCGUGCUACAUGGAGUGGCUUUCCUUACAUUUUCAAUACUGCGCUCAACACUUUCCGAUCCGGCUCUCGAAACCGCUCUUUUUCUUAUAAGAAAAUUGCCAUGCUCUGGCGGAUCUAGGGGUCGUCAAACCGAUCACGCGACUGACGUAAAAAUUGUAAACUUGAUAUUAAAGUCUUAAAUAUACGACCAAUAGUCCAGUUAUUUUUUAU